AUGGGCAGAAUGUGGAACACAGCAUCUGGCCUCGUUCAGUGCGCAGAUCCAGCAGCGACUCCAACACAAUCAGGCUUCAAUGAAGUCAAGAUGUUAAAAAGAGGAAGAAAACCAGGAAAACAAACAAUGACAGUAGCUGAGCAACUGACUUACAUCGUGAAACGAGAAGACGAACUUACAAGAUUAUAUGUUCCUAGCUGGAGAAAAUCUGCAGAGGAUUUUUUACUCCAAAAUCCACAAUUUGGAAUGUCUACUACAAACGCUAGAUUGAUUUAUGACAGGAGGGAUCUUAUCAGAGAAUACGUUGAUCUUGGACUUACUUUCAGGCAGAAAACGACGAAAAAGGAAGCCGACAAGUUCAGGCAUCUUCGUUCGACUUUGUCGGACAAAGCCUACAAGGAAGAAGUGAUGAAAGUGAAGAAAAUACAACGAAUUAAGACUUUCAACAGAUUAAAGUAUUUGAAAAGACAACUGAACGAAAAAGGCGAAGAUUUGUCCGACGAGCAGAAGGAGAUGCUCAGCGUUUGCGAAAUGAAAAAACUUGAAAAAGACGAGGAUAUAGAGAAUCGAAGAAAACAAGUAUGGAGGUGCGAAAUUAGUCUGGUCGAAUUCCCUACUAUACCUGGCAAUAUCGAUGUCACCGUAAGACCAGAAUCUCGUAAAUUUACUGUCGAUGGGCUCUCAAUGAAGCAAGGCAUGACUGAAAGUGGCUUCAAAUUUCGAGGUGAGACACGAUGGCGAAAGAGCUUCGACAUACCUGAAAACGUUGACACGGAGCGAGGUCCGAGAAUCAGAAAGAAGGACGGGGACGCUACUACUCUCAUCGUUACAUUCGAUCUCAAAAAAGAUGAUGAUGAUGAUGAUGAGGACGAUGAAGAAGUGAUAACUCUAGUUGAAGUCACGGAGGAGCAAGAAAACAUGGAAAAAGACUCCCACAGCUCUGGAGAAGGAAUGAAAUUGAGAUCUAAGAAAAAAUCUCGAAAGACAAGCGACAGAAUAACAAAAGAAACUUUCCCUACGAUAACCGUACCGGAGCUUUCGUCCAGCGAAGAUGAAUCAAAGGUCGAAGACAAGAAAGAAGGCUUUUUCAUUCAAAACAGCUCAUCAAAAACGGUUUACAAAAUGGUAUCUCGAAAAGAAUAUUGUAUUGAUCCAGAUGUUCCCGAAAGUGCAAAGAAAAUUAUCAGGGAAGAAUUCUCCAAGAAGAAGCCACCAUCAGAGACGGAACUGAAACUUAUUUGUCUAAAAACUGGCGCGAAGUUCGCAGAGUUGAAUCAUUUCAUGAAGAGGUAUUUUACGAUAGGCAAUUACGCUCGGUCCCCUUUGCCAAGAGGACGACUGUCAAAUGAUGAUCCAAAUCCUCCUCAACAAAAAUCGACGGAAAUUAUUGAAGAGGAUCAAGUCACCAAAGAAACGUCUGACGAAGGAGAAGCGACGAAGGACGAAGGAGAUUCUUCUGAAUCUGAAGAGGAGACAGAUGAAGAAGGCGAAUACAACUCAGAUGGCGAUCAAGUUUUUCAUAUAACUGAUAUUUUUGAUACAUCUACCGGAAAAUCCUUCUUUGCCUGA